UGGUGUGAGGCUUCUUAGAAUGAGUCAACACCGUGCACUAACUUCACCAGAGAGGUGAGAUAAAGAUAGUCGAUUAUUACUUGCGUUGUUUUCAGUGUUGCACAGACGGUGUGUGUGUUUGUGUGUCAUGAAAUUACUUCUGCUUGUGCCGUGGCAUCAGAAGAUCAUCGACAGGCUUCAUUUAUUUCGGAUGGGAGGCUAACACCCCCCCUUUCAUCAUCACACUUGUGCGUCUCCUUCUUGGCACUCUAAAUUGAUCGUCAUUGGAUGUGCUGCCGAGCUGCAGCAGCCCCAACGUUGACAUCCAUUCACUAUACAGAUUGCGCUCAGGCUGGCCGGCUGCUGCACAGGCACCAUGGAGGAUAAAUCACCCAAGCAUGAGAGCACCUCCAAGGGACAGGAGUCUCUGUCCUAUCAGAGGAGGAUGUGGAAGAAUUUCCAGGAGAAAACCAAGCCGUGGCUGAGCCCCAAACUCGGUUCGGAGCGUCGUGGCGCCGGUGGAGCGGAGGGCAGCAAAAAGGAGUCUGGUUUAUGGAUGUUUAAGAGGAAAAAGAAACAACUGGACCGGGUGUUUUCGUCGUCUCAGCCGAAUUUGUGCUGCUCGACCCCGGCGCCUUUCGAGGGAGAUAAGAAGUCACUCGGUGGCGACGCGGUCCCCGGCACCAGCGGCGCCGGAAAGCCCCUGCAACAACCGCUGGGCGCAGCUGCCGGAGCCACCGGGAGCAAGCCCGAGUUGACGGCGCAUGGCAGCCCCAAGCUCCCCGUCUCCCAGCUGAUCAUGUCCCAUCAGAAGAGCUCCUCUCUGGGCUCGGCGUGCUUCGAGAAGCUGGUGGUGGAUCCGGCCGUGGUGGUGGGAGAGGAGGAGCAGCUGCGUAAAAACGCAAGUGAUUCUGGCAUCAACAUAGUGGGGCCCAGUAAUGCAGAGCCCCCUCCCCGGCCUCCCAGCCCAGCCAUGUACCAGCUGGAUAUCGUCCUGAAGAAAGGCAACAACCUGGCCAUCCGGGACAGGACAGGGACCAGCGACCCGUAUGUGAAGUUUAAAAUUGCAGGGAAGGAGGUCUUCAGGAGUAAGACCAUCCAUAAGAACCUCAACCCAGUGUGGGAUGAGAGAGUCAGCCUACUCGUAGAGACCCUGAGGGAGCCGCUGUACGUCAAGGUUUUUGACUAUGACUUUGGCCUUCAGGAUGACUUUAUGGGCUCAGCUUACCUCUACCUGGAGUCACUGGAGCACCAGAGGACCCUAGAUGUGACCCUGGACCUGAAGGAUCCACAGUACCCCGACCAUAACCUGGGCACCUUGGAGCUAGCCGUCACUCUGUCACCCAAGGAGGGAGACUUCAGGGAAGCUACCAUGCUUUUGAGAAGGAACUGGAAGCGAUCUAGUAAGUACCAGAGCAUGCGUCUGUCAGAUGUGCACAGGAAAGCCCAGCUGUGGCGAGGCAUCGUCAGCAUCAGUCUGAUAGAGGGUCGUGACCUGCAGCCCAUGGACACCAACGGCCUCAGUGACCCCUACGUCAAGUUCCGCAUGGGACAUCAGAAAUACAAGAGCAAGACAAUAUCCAAAACACUUAAUCCCCAGUGGAGGGAGCAGUUUGAUUUCCACCUGUAUGAGGAGCAGGGAGGCUACAUAGACAUUACAGUCUGGGACAAAGACGCUGGCAAGAAGGACGACUUCAUGGGAAGGUGUAUGAUAGACCUGUCCAUGCUCAGCAGAGAACACACACACAAGCUUGAAUUGCCACUGGAGGAAGGCGAGGGCGUGCUGGUGCUGCUGGUGACGCUCACCGCGUCCGCCGCCGUCUCCAUCUCAGACCUGUCCGUCAACGUGCUGGACGACCCACACGAGAGGCACCAGAUCAUGCAGAGAUAUAGCCUGUGGAGGUCGUUGCACAACCUGAAAGAUGUCGGUGUGGUGCAGGUAAAGGUCAUCAGGGCUGAGGGGCUGAUGGCAGCAGAUGUCACAGGUAAGAGCGACCCUUUUUGUGUGGUGGAGCUGAGUAACGAUCGGCUGCAGACACACACUGUCUACAAAAACCUCAAUCCAGAGUGGAACAAGGUCUUCACCUUCAAUGUGAAGGACAUCCACUCUGUGCUGGAGGUCACUGUUUACGACGAGGACCGAGACAGAAGCGCAGACUUCCUGGGGAAGGUGGCUAUCCCUUUACUAAACAUCCAAAAUGGAGAACGCAAAGCCUACGCCUUGAAAAGCAAGGAGCUGACAGGGCCAACAAAAGGGGUCAUCUUUCUCGAAAUAGACGUGAUUUUUAAUGCUAUUAAGGCUGGCCUCAGAACAUUAAUCCCCAUAGAGCAGAAGUAUAUCGAGGAGGAGCCCAGGGUGUCCAAACAGCUGCUUUUGCAGAACUUCAACCGUGUUCGGCGCUGCAUCAUGUUCCUGAUCAACGCAGGCUGCUUCAUCAACAGCUGCUUUGAAUGGGACUCUCCACAAAGGAGCAUCUGUGCGUUUGUGCUUUUUGUUAUUGUCGUCUGGAACUUUGAACUCUAUAUGAUUCCUCUGGUGCUGCUGCUGCCGUUGGCCUGGAACUACAUUCUCAUCGCAUCGGGGAAGGACACGAGACAAGAUGUGCAAGCCAUGGAGGACCUGCUGGAGGAUGAGGAUGAGGAUUUUGACAAAGAUGACAAGGACUCGGAGAGAAAGGGCUUCAUGAACAAGCUGUAUGCCAUUCAGGACGUGUGCAUCAGCGUGCAGAAUGCGCUGGAUGAAGUGGCCUCCUAUGGCGAGAGGAUAAAGAACACAUUUAACUGGACUGUGCCUUUUCUAAGCUGGCUGGCCAUCGUGGCUCUCGGUGUGGCCACCAUCAUCAUCUACUUCAUCCCUUUACGAUACAUCGUACUAGCCUGGGGGGUGAAUAAAUUCACAAAGAAGCUGCGAGACCCGUACACCAUCGAUAACAACGAGCUGCUAGACUUUUUGUCCAGAGUGCCCUCAGAUGUACAAGUGGUGCAGUACCGAGAGCUGAAACUGGAUCCCAAUCCCAGUCCAAAUAAAAGGAAGAAAAACAACCCCGGGUAGAUGACUGCGUCCGCCCACCAACUCCUCUCUUCUCCACUUUUCUUCUCUUCGUCUAUUACUGGACACCGAGGAGCAGAGGAAGACGGGUCUAGACCAGCUCAACUCUGCUCAGCUCUCCCUCCUCUCUCUCUCUCUCUCUCUCUCUCUCUUUAGUCUUUUUUCUCUCAUCUUGCUCCCUCUCUAAAUCUUUUUCUGUGUUUAAUUAUGUACAAUGUACAGUGCAGAUUCCUGAAGUGUCAUUUUUGUACAAAAAAAAAAAAGGAAAAGGAAAAAAAAUACUUGGAUGAAUGAAAACGAGAAAGAGUAUGAGAAAUAUCUUGAAUUAUUCUUAUCAUUAUGUUUUUUUUUUUGAUUGAUUUUCAUGGCGAGCCGGAACGAUGGAUGGAAGGCUUGACCUUUUUCUCGGCCAUGUGAGCAACUCUCCUCGUUUCUUCUCUCCAUCAUUCUGACACCUCGGAGGACUCUCCCGUCCAUUCGCUUUGCCACGAGUGUCACACGACGAGUAAAACAGCGAGUUUUAACAUUUCUACUGAUCGUUCUGAAAUGACAUAUCGAGUGCAUCCGUGUUUUGUCAAAAAAAAAAAGUGGAAAAAAAAAAAACAAACAAAACAAACCGAGCCUUAUACACUAACAUUCUGCAAUAUCAUCCUGCAAUAGAACACAGGCUUUUUUCUACUAUUUUAGCCAUUCAGUGCUUUUGGCAAUAUGUUUAUAUUUCAAAUUGUUUUUAUACUGAAGUAUCUCUUCUUCCUUUUUUUUUUUUUCCCCCCCUCUUGGAUAUGGUAAUGGUUUUAUGUUCACUGGCAGUCAUUUGGAUUGUUUCCACUCCAAGUCAGCCAGCCAAGUUGAUUAGCAAUUAGCUUGUUAGCCUCGAGAUCUGUCCUGCUACUGAACACAAAACUGGACGGCGCGAUGGAAAGCCUUUGGUGGUGUCUGUGCUGCAGUGCAACGGCCAGAUUUGCUUUUUCAGUACUGUUUGGUAAUCUGUUCAAAGCCUUUUUGAAUGCAAAAAAAAAAAAAAAAAAAAAAAAA